AAAUAAUCGAACGAGUUCUCACAUUGAACUACUGCACUGAAUUUAACUUAAAUAUAAACAUAACCCUACCAUAUUUGUAAAUAUUCAGAGAUCAGUGACGAUUUUCUUGCUUUCUAUCUAUUAUCUGUUAUAUCUAUUAUAUAUAUUAGUGUGAUAUAAAAAUGGAUGAUAUCAAAGGAACACCUGAAAGUGACUUCAGUAUUGAAUGUUUCCAAAAUUACACAGCCCCUGAAGUAUUCAUCCAGGGCUUAGCUGGAAUUGUGGAUCAACAAGAUGUUGAAUCAAUGAUUAUUGCCCAAAAACAAAUGUUACAAAGAUUUGAGAAGACAAAUGAAAUGUUAACCAACUGUAAUGCACUGAGUGCAUCUAGAUUGAAAACUGUAGCUCCUGAAUUCAAGAAACACACUCAACAAUUAGUUGAUAUGAAGAAAGAUUUGGAUUACAUAUUUAAGAAAAUCAGGACUUUAAAAUUAAAACUUGGAAAUCAAUAUCCAACACAAUUUGCUGAAGCCCAAAGAAGCAGUUUAGCUGAAGAGUGUGAAGAGGAUGAGGACUACAGUGCACAUGAAAAAGAAAGGAGAGAAUCAAUUGAAACAAAAAAAUCUGUUGAGAAGGAAGAAUUGGCUUCAAAAAGUGAUGAUGAUGAAGCUACUGAUGAUCAACCUGAUUUAAAAUAGAAAACAUUUAAUUUUAAACUUAUUUAACAUAUUUUAUCUGUGAUUAUAAUAUUUUAUACUACAUAUUAAAUCUUAUUGUUUAUGACAUUAGCAUCAAAUAUAGAGAUAUUAAUUUAUUGAUUCAUGCUAAUCAUGUUAUUAAUGUCAA